AUGAAGCGAACAUUGCUCCUAUGUUUUAUCCAUGGGUUCAAGGGUAAUGGAGAGACCUUUUAUACGUUCCCUCAGAACCUUCAGAAAAGUGUAGCAGAUAAGCUACCAGAUGAUGAUGUUGAACUUCUGAUAUAUCCAAAAUACGAGACGAGAGGUGACCUGCUGGACAGUACCGAUCGAUUUCUUGAAUGGCUGAAAGCAAAGGUUAUGGAAGUUCGGAAAGAGAAGACCGAAGCUCCAUGGCCACCAAAUGACAGGUCUGUGGGAGUCAUCUUGGUUGCACAUUCAAUGGGAGGGUUUGUAGCAUCUGAUGCACUAUUCUCAAUUCUUAAUGAUCAUCAUGAUAAAGAGGACGAGGACUCCAAUCAUGUCAUAUUUCCUCUUAUCCAAGGAAUUCUUGCUUUUGAUACCCCUUACAAUGGUCUCGCUCGUUCCAUGUUUGUCUAUGGUGCUUUCUCACAAUACAAUAAAGUUAGCAACAUCUGGAAUGUAAUGUCAGCGGCGUCAGCUGGCCUUAUUAGUGCUAGAUCCUUAGGGACCAUGACUGCGAAACAAGCUGCCAGACAAGCAGGAAGCUCUUUGACAGCUACAACCAGGACUGCAAGUCCAGGAUGGAAGAUUUGGGAAGGAAUUGCAGUCAAAUCCGGUGUCAUAGGAGCAAUUGCUGCUGGUGGUGUGGCGGCAUAUAGAAAUCGCGAGACCAUUAUCUCAGGCGUCAAGAACCUGAACAAAAACUCUCUCAAGGAUGGAGCGGAGCAAGGUUACGAUGCAUUGGGACAGGGGCUCGCAUACAUCAAUCGAGAUAGCGUCGGCCAAUCUUUCGCAUGGUUGUCAAGCCACCUUAAGUUUGUAGGUGCUUUGAUGAGACAAAAAGAGAUGGUCCAAAGACUUGAAAGACUGUCCAAGAUUGAAGGAGUUGGAAUUCGAAAUUUCUAUACUUCAUUGGGAGAAAACGGAUACUGGACAGGUGGAUAUUUCGUUCCGGAGAGAACUUUCUCUGCAAUACCUGCAUCAGGACAAAAGUCUCACGAUCUUUUCAUUCGAACUGUUAAUGGGGCAGUCGAGGAUGAAGUUCAAGCUCAUAUGAGUAUGUUCAAGCCACAGACCAACGAUAAUUAUGAUGCAAUGUCGGAACAGGCAAGAGAUCUAGUUGUUGAAUGGUUCCAAGCCGACAACAACCUCGUGGAUAUUCCACCACCGCUAGAACCUUCUCCAGAUGCUGCACCGGCGAAAGAUGCUACAGAUGUGCAGACAGAAGAUCUUGAAACGGCAACAGCUACAGACUCCGAAUCGAUUCCUAAUUUAGACAUGGACGGAGUCGAUGACUCGCCUCUUGAUAUUGUGGCUGCGGCUGCAGCGAUUCCACUGCCAGAUAUCCAAGAAAAUGACCUCGAUACAAAGCAGCGAGAAUCAUAUCUUCAAAGUCUUUACCGGAUUUCUCAAAGAGCAGGAUCCGGUGUAUCUGGAUACGCAUCUGCUGCUGGAUCUGGUCUCACUGGCGCAGCUUCAACAGGCUUAAAGGCUGGAGCAGCUAUUCCCACUUAUGCAUCCAAAGGAGUUAGCUCUUUCUGGAGCUCAAAUAAGGCCAAGAAGGCAGAUACUGAUGGGCCUGUGGAGGAGGAAGAACCAAGUGAAUCUGUAACCAUUGAUGCCGAUGAUGAUGUGAGAACAGAAAAUAAGAAGGGAUCUGUAUGGUCAUUUGGUUCGUUGUUUUCGUCGAAGAAGAAAGGUGAAGAGGUUGAGGAGGCUGUUGAUAAUAAUUAUGGUAGAAUGGAUGAGUCGAAAGUCGAUAAUCAUAGGACUCAACUGAAGUGA